AUGGUCUUUGCCAUGAAUUUUACAAACAAGGUGCUUGGAAUGACUAAAGAAGGCGGUUCAGCUACUAACAUUAUUCCAGGUCUUCAUGUUAUCGCCACAGCUCGUGAUCUAUCAGUCUUGAAAGAACUAGCCGCACUGGGGAUGAGCACCGUCCAACUUGACGUGACAGAUCCCAUCAGCAUCAAAAAUUGCCACAAAAUUGUUGCUGGGUUAACCGGAGGACGACUUGACAUUCUCGUCAAUAAUGCUGGUCGUACACACACGCAUCCUGCUCUAGAUCUGGAUAUUCAAGACGUACGGACAACAUUCGAGACUAAUGUCUUUGGUGUAAUGGCAAUGGUGGCUGCAUUCUCGGAUCUCUUGAUUGAAGCCCAAGGCUUGAUUAUCAACGUUGCCUCUUUGUCAGCUCUUGUCCCAUAUGCCUUUGGAAGUGCUUACUGUGCUAGCAAAGGUGCCAUUGUUAGUUACAGUCGCACUUUGCGUCAAGAGCUACGCCCUCUUGGCGUAAGAGUGAUGGUUUGCAUGGUCGGCACGGUGAAGUCCAAUAUUCACAAUAGGGCGCACAGAUCUCUGCCUGCGAACUCGGUUUAUCAACCUAUCAAUGACGUUUUUCAGAGGCGUCUAACGUUCGUCAACAACAACAGUCCAUAUGAUACCGAUUCAUUCUCAAAAGAACUCGUGGCGAAUUCUUUGAAGAGUGAAUGGCCGUGGUUUGUCCGGAGCUGGGUGGGGAGACCGGACUGGUUCUAUUAUGGUGGAUUGGCAUGGUUGUUGUGGUGGGGAUCGACAUUGUUUGGUGAAUGGGUGGUGGACUAUGUUUGUUGGAGAAUGUUUGAAUUGUGGAAGUUGAAGAGUUUGAGAUCGCGAGUUGAGGAAAUUGAUGAGCAAACGCCUUCCAAGGUGGAGUGA